GGAAUGAGCCAGCCCCCCCCCAGCCCCUGGGAGGAAGCUGGCAGGAGGGUGGUUUGUGUUGGAGAUGGGGUGGGGGGGGACUGCAGACGCUCCGGGAGGUGGCCUCCUGGUUUCCAUUAGGGAGCCCUGAUCGGCACUGCUGGCGACACUGGCUAUGCCUUGGAGCUUGCCGCUGCUGCUGCUAUUGGGGUCCCCACUGAGCCUUGGCAUGGAGGACCCCGACUUCCCCCACCUGGGGGAGAGCUCGCAGCCACCGCCCCGGGCCUGCCCCUGGCGCUGCUCCUGCCCCCGGGCGGACACGGUGGACUGCGCCGGCCUGGACCUGCAGCUGUUCCCACACAACAUCACCAGGGCUGCUCAGCACCUCUCUCUGCAGAACAACCGGCUCCAGGAGCUCCCCUACAACGAGCUGUCGCGUCUCCGAGACCUGCGCACCCUCAACCUGCACAACAACCUCCUGUCCUCCGAGGGCCUGCCGGACGAAGCCUUUGAGUCCCUGACCGAGCUGCAACACAUUUACGUAGCCAACAAUAAGCUCUCGGUGGCUCCUCAGUUCCUGCCCCGCUCCGUCCGUGUUGUGGACCUGGCGGCCAACCAAGUGAUGGAGAUCUUCCCGCUCACCUUUGGGGAGAAGCCUGCGCUCAGGUCUGUGUACCUCCACAACAACCAGUUGGCCAACGCCGGCCUGCCCCCUGACGCCUUCCGCGGCUCUGAGGCCGUGGCCACGCUGAGCCUCUCCAGCAACCGGCUCCGCUACCUGCCGCCCAGCCUGCCGCCCUCGCUGGAGCGCCUGCACCUGCAGAACAACCUCAUUUCCAAAGUGCCCCGAGGGGCCCUGAGCCGCCAGACCCACCUCCGGGAACUGUACCUCCAGCACAACCAGCUGACCGACGGCGGCCUAGACAACACGACUUUCAGCAAACUGCACAGCUUGGAGUAUCUGGACUUGUCGCAUAACCAGCUGGCUUCCGUGCCCACCGGCCUGCCCCGGAGCUUGGCCAUCUUGCACCUGGGGCGCAACCGCAUCCGGCAGGUGCACGGGGAGCGGCUCCAUGGGGCCGCGGGCCUGCGCUACCUGUUGCUGCAGCACAACCAGUUGGGGACGGCCGGGCUGCCGGCUGGGGCCCUGCGGCCGCUGCGGCGUCUGCACACGCUGCACCUGUACGGCAACGGGCUGGCGCGCGUGCCCCCGAUGCUGCCCCGCCGCCUGCGGGCCCUGGUGCUACCCCACAACCGCGUGGCUGUGCUGGGUGCCCGCGACCUGGCGGCCACGCCACGCCUGACCGAGCUCAACCUGGCCUACAACCUCUUGGCCAGUGCCCGCGUGCACCGCCGGGCCUUCCGCCGGCUGCGGGCCCUGCGCAGCCUCGACCUGGCCGGCAACCAGCUGACCCAGCUGCCAUCCGGCCUGCCCGGCAGCCUGCACAGCCUGAGGCUGCAGCGCAACCAGCUGCGAGCCCUGGAGCCCGAGCAGCUGGCCGGCCUGGCCCAGCUGCGGGAGCUCAGCCUGGCGCAUAAUCGGCUCCGCGUGGGUGACAUCGGGCCCGGCGCGUGGCACGAGCUGCAGGCCCUCCAGGUGUUGGACCUGAGCCACAACGAGCUGUCCUUUGUGCCCCCUGACCUGCCCGAGGCUUUAGAAGAGUUGCACCUGCAGGGCAACCGCAUCAGCCACAUAGGGCCGGAGGCCUUCCUGACCACACCGCGCCUGCGCGCCCUCUUCCUCAGGGCCAACAGGCUGCACCUGACCAGUAUCUCGGCAGAGGCCUUCCUGGGCCUCCCGCACCUGCGCGUAGUGGACACGGCCGACAAUCCGGAGCCGGUCUUGGUCCGGCUGCCGCCCAAGGCUACACGAGCUCCAAGGGUGGGGGGCUCCUGAGUCUGGAGGGGUCCAGCACUGGGCAGGCUGGCUGAGGACUGCAGACCCGGCCCCGUACUGGGGGCACCUGGGGGAGUGGCUUAAGCAGACCACGCCCCCCAGGACCAGACACGCCCCCACACCCGACCUUGACAAUAAAAGUCUAAGUUUUCUGAGCACUGACCACGCCCCAGGCCACCUUCUGGGGGUUCUCCCUGCCCCUGCAGAAAUGGGG